CUACGCGGUUCUCGUUCCUUUCCCUUUUCUCUUUAGGUGGUGAAGGUGCAACAGUAAUCGGUCGUCCCGAAUCCGGGUUCAUCCGACACUUUCACCAAUUCAAGCCGAACUGAGCUCAGCGACAACAUGCCUCCUAAAUUCGACCCCAACGAGAUUAAAGUCGUGUUCAUGAGAUGCACGGGUGGAGAGGUUGGUGCCACUUCCUCUCUGGCCCCCAAAAUUGGACCUCUGGGUCUGUCCCCCAAGAAAGUGGGUGAUGACAUUGCCAAGGCUACCGGUGACUGGAAGGGUCUGAGAAUCACUGUCAAGCUGACCAUCCAGAACAGACAGGCAGCGAUUGAGGUGGUUCCCUCUGCCUCUGCCCUCAUCAUCAAGGCCCUAAAGGAGCCUCCUCGUGACAGGAAGAAGGUCAAGAACAUUAAGCACUCUGGUAGCAUUACCUUCGAUGAAGUCGUUGGCAUUGCCCGAGUCAUGAGGCCCCGCUCCAUUGCCAGAGAACUUUCAGGAACCAUUAAGGAGAUUCUGGGCACAGCUCAAUCUGUUGGCUGCACCAUCGAUGGCCGCCUGCCCCAUGAUGUCAUUGAUGACAUCAACAGCGGCAAACAGGAGUGCCCAUCUGAUUAAAUGGCUGACAUGGAGGAAUGAAAGCUACACUGUUCAAAAAAUAAAAGUUUUUGGAAAAAUA